AGACAGAGAUUAGAGGAGGAAAGGGAGGCAGAAAGAAGGUAAGAAGAGAAACAGAGAUUGGAGGAUGAAAGGGAUGCAGAAAGAAGGUAAGAAGAGAGACAGAGAUUGGAGGAGGAAAGGGAGGCAGAAAGAAGGUAAGAAAAGAGACAGAGAUUGGAGGAGGAAAGGGAGGCAGAAAGAAGGUAAGAAGAGAGAGAGCGAUUGGAGGAGGAAAGGGAGGCAGAAAGAAGGUAAGAAGAAGAGAGACAGAGAUUGGAGGAGGAAAGGGAGGCAGAAAGAAGGAAAGAAAAAGAGAGACAAAGAUUGGAGGAGGAAAGGGAAGCAUAAAGAAGGUAAGAAGAGAGACAGAGAUUGGAGGAGGAAAGGAAGGCAGAAAGAAGGUAAGAAGAGAGACAGAGAUUGGAGGAGGAAAUGGAGGCAGAAAGAAUGUAAGAAGAAGAGAGACAGAGAUUGGAGGAGGGAAGGGAGGCAGAAAGAAGUUAAGAAGAAGAGAGACAGAGAUUGGAGUAGGAAAGGGAGGCAGAAAUAAGGUAAGUAGAAGAGAAACAGAGAUUGGAGGAGGAAGGGAGGCAGAAAGAAGGUAAGAGGAAGAGAGGCAGAGAUUGGAGGAGGAAAGGGAGGCAGAGAGAAGGUAAGGGAAGAAGAGAGACAGAGAUUGGAGGAGGAAAGGGAGGCAGAAAGAAGGUAUGCACACCUUUUUCA